ACUGCGUGUAUCUGCAGGCUGCAUGGCUGCCUGGCUCAGCGUUCAAAGGGAGAGCGGAAGAUAGGAGGAGGGGAAUGACUACAGCAAGAGAGUAGGAGGAGGGAGGGAGUGAGGGCAGUUUCCUUUCUGUAAUACGCUGCAGGAGCACACCGGGAAAACGGAGAGAGGAAAGAAAAUAAUAGGCGAGAGAGAGAGAAGGAAACACCGCUGCUACUGUGUUCGUCCGUUUGUUGAAAGGCAGAAAUCGUCGUUUUGUGCUGCGCGCUAACAUGGGGGGGAGAGAAAGCUCCUGACGAGGAUUGACUUUCAGAGAACCUCUGCUCCGUGGUGUAAGAGUGUGGCCAAUAAGACGGAGGAGAAAGGCGACAGGGAAGACAUGUUGAGGGGCUUUUCUUCUUGAGGUUGCGGUAGGAUGUUGGUGUGCUUUUAAAAGCAGACGACUGUCGUAGAGAAAUUAAAAGCAGAUGGAAAGUGGCUGGUAGGCUGUGCGCUAUUGUUUUGACCCGUGUUUAUUGAAUUGGUUUGUUGUGAUCUGAAAUAUCGUAGGCCUCACAGCCCCGCAGUAAAUUAAUACACGGUCAGCAAACAGGGGCUCCAUAGCUGGAAAUGAACCUGACAAGCUUGUUUAUGUUUUAGCGGACAUUCUGUUUGUGUUGAGUCACUGUGUUUGCAAGGGUGGUGUUUAUGAGCCUUUUGUUUUUUUUUUAAACAAAACGCGGCGUGUGCGUUACAUUGCUCAACCAGUGAACCAAAACAGUUCCACACACAUCAACUCUUUAGGGGGUCAUACAAAGGCCCAGUAGAGAAAACAGUAAAGGCUGCUUGGCAACGUUAAAAGACGGGUUUAACUGCAUAGACAAAUCCACCACAGGUUACCUUUACGCACAAGGUGCCUCAGAUUGGGUUUAUUUAAGCCCCAGUUUAGCUCCAGAGCGGGGACUGGAUAAUAUUUUCUAGAUGUUAAUGUCGACCGACGUCGCAUCCAUCAUGCUGCCUGUGUCCCGGGGUCUCAUGGACCGGGAUAGAGAGCUGGACAUGGCCGGGGUGCAUCCGAACCCGGGCGGCGCUCCUGCAGCUGUUCGGGGCAUGAAGCGCGGAGACCCGGAGCCCGACGGACAGACAGCGGCGGCUCUGGUGGACUCAGCCGGGGCGGAGUGCAAGCGGCCCAGAAUCGACGGCUCUGGAGGAAUCGGCGAGGUUGGCCAGAACAACGACCCUUUGACCCUCAGUUACCAUGGUUACCCAUCUCAUAGUCAGCAGGGCUCUCAGGAUAGUGCUAGCGGUCAAGAGGGACUCGUCCCCCCACCUUUCUCCACAUUUCCUCCACCUCCACCGCCACCCCCUCAAAACGGCCUGGCCCUGGAUUACGGGGGAAGCUUAUACGGAGCAGGGGCUGUCCAGGGCUCCGUGGAAGCUGGCGGCGCCGCAAACAGUGGCGCCAAUGCCGCCAAUAGCCACACUCUUCCUGCAGCCAACUUUGCAGGUCUUUGUCUUAAUAGGGUGCAAAGGGCGAGUGUAUAG